AUGGUGAAAGUUAAACCCUAUCUCCUAUUAUUUUUACGUGUCGGGGUUUUAUCAGCCAUUUUUACAAUGGCCUCCUGGACUUAUGAUGUUUCAAAAACAAUGAUGCGCACAUUUUGGGAAAGACCAGAUUCAUUUACUGUUGAUACACUAAACCUUCAUUGGAACACAACAUUUCCUGGAAUCACUGUAUGCCAAGUUUUUAAUGGUGAAAGAAACUGGGAAUUAAAUGAAAAAUAUUAUGGAGAAGAUCGAGAUAAGCGAUUAGACGAUUUUAUUAUUGACAUAACAUAUUUUAGUGGUACUUGUUAUUCUUGCGAACUUUGUCAACAGGACCUAGAUUGCCCUAAGAACUUUAGUGAGUUACUUUCGAAGUUUCGUUCUAUAUGUGAAAAUAUGAUAACAAAUUGCACGUGGAACGAAAUCGACUUUGAUUGUUGCAAAAUGUUUUUGCCUUUAGAGACGGAAUUCGGAAUUUGUUAUACUAUCAAUUCUAGAAAUACAAAGCCGUCAGCUUCAAAUAUACUUGCAAGUAAUCGUAAAACUGGACCCGGACAUUUAAAAUUUGCACUAUUAGAAGACGUACAAAUAUUUAUACAUCCUCCAAACGAAGUGCCUCAUGCAUUUCAAGACCGAGAAAUUAAACAAACUGUUCUAUGGGGAUCUAAAAAAGAUAUCAUUCUUAAAACUGAAGAUAUCAUUGAUCCCGAAAAGGCUUCAGUUUCGUGUUACAAGCCAAAAGAUUUUAGUCUAUAUGAAACAUAUACAUCCUCUACUUGUGCAAUAGCUUGUCAUAUUGAAGCACAAAUUUUUUAUUGUAAUUGUACACAUCAUUUUAUGCCGCAUAGUGAAAAUGAUAAAUUUGCUAUAUGUACUUUUGAAGGAUUAAUGUGUUUGACACAACAUUUUGCUGAUAUUUCGAAACAUCGCAAAGAAUGCAAAUGCGCACCUUCAUGCGAAUCGAUUAUGCUAACAACAGUUCAAGAACUAGAAGAAGAACAAGCUAGUGAAUUGGGAAGCAUUAUUAAAAUUUCUCAAAUGCAACUCUCGACUUUGAGGUAUAUCAAAAGAAGUACAAAGUCAAUUUUAAGUUUUAUUAUUUCGUUUGGUGGUCUGAUUGGUUUGAUAUAUGGCAUAAGUUUUCUAAGCAUGGUCGAGUAUUUUGAACUACUUUUGACUUUUUUUUCAAAGAAAAUUAGAUCAUUUUUUUGUGUAUUUAUAAAAAAGAAGAAAAAAUGA